AUGCUUCCAGUAAUGUAUUCGUGUAGGUAUUUUAGCUUUAAUAAUGCAUAUUUUGACGGCUCUGUUCUUUGCAACGUUGCCAUUAUUUGCAGUACGAUAAAUAAUACAGUCCAUGAUGAAUUGAGAAACAGUGCAAAUACAUCGUUAAACUCAUCUUUCGUCUUAAAAGCCCAACGCAAAGCUGUGAUAAUCAUUAACGCAGGUUCUGCGCUUCGUAAAAGACCCGAAAAACAGGAUCAAAUUAACAGUUUAGUUUACAUAGAUUACGAUGAUAACGGGAAUAAAUUAAAUGAGUUCUGGAUGUAUAAUCUUCAAAAUGUUGCAACUUUUUUCGAAGCUUUUCUGGAUACAAAAAUAUGUCAUGGAAAAUGUGAAGAUUAA